AUGGAAGAGGGAAAUCAUUCUGAGGUGACUGAGUUCAUUCUCACAGGACUGACAGAUCGUCCGGAGCUGCAGGUCCCUCUCUUUGUGUUGUUCCUACUUAUAUAUGUUUUCACUGUGGUGUGGAAUGGGGGGAUGAUGGCGUUAAUCACAACUGAUUCCCAACUCCACACCCCCAUGUACUUUUUCCUUUGGACUUUGUCUUUCUGUGAUCUGUGCUGUUCCACAGUAGUAGCCCCUAAGAUGCUGCAGGAUUUCUUAUCUGAGAAGAAAAGCAUUUCGUACAUUGCCUGUGCUGUGCAGAUAUUUUUCUCUAUCUUUUUUUCUGAUUUUGAGUGUUUCUUGCUGGCUGUGAUGGCGUACGACCGUUAUGUGGCCAUCCGUAACCCGCUACUCUAUACGGUGAUCAUGUCCCGGCAGCGCUGUAACCUUCUCGUGGCUGGGGUGUGUGUUGUGGGGUUCGUGGAUUCAGUGAUACACGUGUGUCUGACAUUCCAGCUGUCAUUCUGCCUCUCUAACGUCAUCAAUCAUUUCUUCUGUGAUAUUCCCCCACUGCUGGUCCUCUCCUGCUCUGACACCCGCAUCUCAGAGGAGAUGGAAGAGGGAAAUCGCUCCGUGGUGACUGAAUUCAUUCUCACAGGACUGACAGAUCGUCCAGAGCUGCAGGUCCCCCUGUUUGUGUUGUUCCUACUGAUUUAUGUUAUCACUGUGGUGUGGAAUAUGGGGAUGAUCAUGUUAAUCACAACUGAUUCCCAACUCCACACCCCCAUGUACUUUUUCCUCCGGAGUUUGUCUUUUUGUGAUCUCUGCUGUUCCACAGUAGUAGCCCCUAAGAUGCUGCAGGAUUUCUUAUCUGAGAAGAAAAGCAUUUCGUACAUUGCCUGUGCUGUGCAGAUAUUUUUCUCUAUCUUUUUUUCUGAUUUUGAGUGUUUCUUGCUGGCUGUGAUGGCGUACGACCGUUAUGUGGCCAUCCGUAACCCGCUGCUCUAUACUGUCAUCAUGUCCCGGCAGCGUUGUAACCUGCUGGUGGCUGGGGUGUGUGUUGUGGGGCUGGUGGAUUCAGUGAUACACACGUGGUAUACAUUCCAGCUGUCAUUCUGCCGCUCCAACGUCAUCAAUCAUUUCUUCUGUGAUAUUCCCCCACUUCUGGUCCUCUCCUGCUCUGACACCCGCAGCCUUGACAUUCUGCAGUUGGCUUCCAUGUUCUACGAUAUAACCAUCAAUGUUGUGGUCAUCCUCAUCUCCUAUGUCUAUAUCAUUUACACCAUCCUGCAGAUCGGCUCUGCCGAGGGCCGGCUCAAAGCCUUCUCCACCUGCGCUUCCCACUUGACUGCAGUGGGAUUGUUUUAUGGUGCUCUCCUUUUCAUGUAUUUUCGACCCAGCUCCAGCUACUCCAUGGACACCGACAAAAUAUCUUCAGUGUUUUACUCGCUUGUGAUCCCCUUGUUGAAUCCCCUGAUCUACAGCCUGAGGAACAAGGAGGUGAAGGAUUCUCUGAGGAAAGCCAUGAACAAACUCCUGACCCAGUGCUCAUAG